AUGAGUAAUUUUAAAAGCAAGGGAUUUUUAUCCCUAAACUCUCGCUCAUUCCAUCAUCAUCGACGUCGGUUUGCUCCACAGCUAUUAUUGAUUUUAACUUUUCUUGCGGCGAUUUAUAUCUUUCUCUACGACACAUUAUAUAUCGAUAUCGUCGAACAAGUGGUCUAUAACUCAGGAGGAAGCGGAUCAUUAGAGGAACCAUGGCACGAUUACACAUUAUAUUUCGAUCCCAUCGAACAAGAGCCUGUGGUCUUUAACUCGGGAGGAAGCGGACCAUUAGAGGAUCCAGGGUUCGAUUAUGGAUUUGAUAGUUAUAUUUGGGAUGGCAAAAAGAGUAACAAGAAGAGUGGCAAAAAUGGUGGUAGCAAGAGUAACAACAAGGGCGGUAACAAUGGCGGUAACAAGGGUGAUAAUCAGAAAAAGUUCGCUCUGUUCUGGCCAUUUAGCAAGUCAGGCGACAUUAUUCCCAUAGAUUCUGAAUACGGUUUCAACCUGACGUCACGAAUAAAGGUGAUCGAUGAAGUACCUAUAUAUCAGGUACCGUCAGGACUGUCUGAACCCGGAGAGAAGUACCUUACAUACUUGCCACAUAGUCAGUUCAACAAUCAACGUAUAUCCCUAGAGAACGCUCUCAUGCUUGCAUAUUACACCAACAGAACGUUGAUCUUACCUCCAUUGAUUCUUGGCGCACACAAAGUGGCUUGGCUCCCAUUCCAGCAACUAUACAAUUCACUACAAGCCCUCAAGAAACGGCGUUCCCGCGAAAAAUGUGUCAACUCGCGCUACCAUAACAUAUGCGACUACUGGGACAGUUGGAGUCUGAUCAGAUGGGACGAAAUAUUCGGAAACGUUCCGCGAUUUGCCGAGGCAGAGGGUCUGAGAAUAGAAUGGUCGAAUGACUUUUCGUUAGGCAAGCUGAAAUCAAAGUACAAUCUGACAAACGACGAUAUACAUUACCUGCGCGAUGCGGUAAGGUACGGUGCAAAGAUAUACGAUGACCCGCAGAGCACAACUCCGCUCGGCGUAUACCAGGCCAGACUACCUCUCGCGGCGUUACAGGCCAUCCCGCAUAAACUCAUCUACUUUGAAUCACUUUACGGUCCCGACCGAGCACUGUACGAACUACCCGAACAUUAUGCAUUCAACCAACGGAUGGUUCGCGAGCUGGUAUACACACACCCGGGAGUAAAAUCCGUAGCCGAAAAGAUAAUUUCACUUCUUGGCGGCAAGGGUACAUACGUCGGUGUGCACGUUCGCGGCAGUGACAGUGACUCUUACUUUGGCAAUGCGAUGGCACGUACCAUAGAAUCAUUAAGCGCGCACGUAAAAGAAUUGCAAGUUUCCCGCAAGCAGCAUGCCGAACAUGCAUCCUUUGGCACUCACGAACAUUGCCUUCACAAUUCCACUUCUGUUCCCAUAUACGUUGCAACAGAUAUUUCCCAGCCGCGCACAGACAAGAUGUCAAAGCAACUGUUUGAAAUGUUUUCUUGUGUGCUGACAAUGUCUGAUUUUGAAUCGUUCACGCAUGAACUUGAUGCGUUCGUCAACGAGAACGACGGCUUGCCGAUGAAACGGUAUUUGCUUCCCAUGAUUGAUAUGGUGGUUGCUGCUCAGGGAAAGACAUUCGUUGGAACGCCGUUAAGUACAUUCAGUAUAUUUGCGGCAAGGUUACAUGAGUUGUCUAUUGAGAAUGGCGGGAAUGUGUGA